CCAAGUUAUGACUAACUAGUUACUUAUUAUUACAAUGACAAUUCUUGUCUUAGAGCGAUGUCACAUUAUCAUGAACUUAUUCUUUGGUUUAACUUUUAUUCUAUUAAACUCUGCUCAUUGCUUUUACCCAAAAAGACUCAAUAUUUCUGCUGCAACGGGCGAUUCAGAUUGGUCUCUAGCUGGAGCUACGUGGUAUGGCAGCCCCACCGGCUACGGAAGCAACGGUGGAGCGUGUGGUUAUGAAAAUGCUGUGGCACAAGCUCCGUUUUCGUCCAUGGUAUCAGCCGGAGGUCCGUCGUUGUAUAAGUCGGGGAAAGGAUGUGGCGCAUGUUAUCAGAUAAAAUGCACUUCGAAACCAGCGUGUUCAACGAACCCGGUUACGGUAGUGAUUACAGAUGAAUGUAAAGGAUGCGUCACAGAAUCGGUCCAUUUCGAUUUGAGCGGUACAGCGUUUGGUGCACUGGCGAGUUCUGGUCAAGAUAGUCAGCUUCGAGAUGUCGGAGUUUUGCAGAUUCUUUAUAGAAAAGUUGAGUGCAACUAUAUUGGCGAAACGGUGACGUUUCACGUGGAAAAUGGUUCAAACCCUUACUCCUUCGCGGCUUUGAUUGAGUAUGAAGAUGGAGACGGGGAGAUCGGCCUGGUUGAACUCAAACAAGCUUUAGAUUCGGACACAUGGCUUCCGAUGAGCCAAUCAUGGGGUGCGGUGUGGAAGCUUGACGUGACGUCACCUUUACGGGCUCCACUGUCUCUCCGGUUGACUUAUCUAGACUCCGGCGAGACCGUUAUGGCUUCUGAUGUUAUUCCGGCCGGUUGGGAGCCCGGUGAAAAGUAUAAAUCGAACGUUAACUUUCAAGUCUAGCUAGAUUAAGUUUAGCUUACUCACGAGUCACGAGUCACGAAUCGAGUAAUAUCUAGUAGAAGUUAUCUUCGUUCGUUACAUGUUUGCUAACCUUAAAUAAUUAAGCAUGUAGCUAUAUGUUGGUUUUUAAAUAAUUAAUGUAUACGCCCCUAGGGUGAAAUAAAAAUUUAUGUUAAAUUUCAUAUGGUGAAUUGGUAUAACGAUAACCAGUCACUUGUAUGAUAACAUAAUCAAGUAAUUUGUUUGCUUCGAAA